GUUUGCCAAGAGCAGUGUUAAAUUUUAAACAUGUCCUCGACGAGCCUUAUAACCAUUCAAUCGAACACCUCAGCGGGGGAUAUCCUGCGGGGUAAAAAAGUACCAGUUCAUCGCCUCAACGCGAAGUUUGUGGCCAAGGCCCAGGAGAAGGCUAAGAAAGUGGAUGACUUCCUGAACAGGAUGAAGAGCACUUCGUUGCUUUCCUUGUCAGGACUUGCUUCCCGAUAUGAGUUCCAUCGUCUCCAGGAGCUCGACGAGUGGUAUGAGCCCAAAAUCAAGUUUCACGAUGAGGUCGAUGCCAGUUUGCAUCCCAGCUACGAUAUAAAGCACUUUCAAUACGAUCUCAAUUGCUAUGUGCGGUAUCUGGACUCCAAGGCGAAAUAUGACAGGCAGUUCCUUCACGAAAUGGAGCACAUUAUUGCCAAUCAACGCAAUAUCUGCGACCAGUUUUUCCUGAAGAAAAUCCUGUGCUAUAAAACAAUGUGGCCACCACUGCAUACAAAGAGGGAACUGAAUAACUUUGUCUCAAAAUUCUUUCAACUGCCUCCCAAGAAAAAGCGUCGCGUCGAGUAUCUGUUGAAAACGGAUUUAAGUCUGAGUUGCUAAAACUGAUCCAAUUGCAAUUGUAAAUGAGCCUUUUUAUUCCAUUUGGAAAUGGUUUAAUUAGCUCAUUUAAUUUUGCAAUUAUUCUGUGCAAUACUGAUGAAAUUAUUAU